GUUGGAUGUUAUUUACUUUAGAAGUUUAUUGUCAUUGUUGAUGAGUCAUUUAGGUGGGACAGCUCUUGCUAUGCCAGUUGAGAUUGUACCUUUUUGUUGGGAAUUUACUUUGAGGAGAUUGGAAAUGUUGUUUAUUGAAGCUGGAUGUGUUGGGAAGUCGAGGGUAAAUGUGGAAAGUGAUGAACCUUAUGUUACUGAUAAUGGGAAUUACAUUAUUGACUUGUAUUUCAAGAGUGAUAUGGGUGAUUUAAAAGCUGCUAGUGAUGCAAUUUUGAGGCUUGCUGGUGUGGUUGAGCAUGGGAUAUUUCUUGAUAUGGCGACGACUGUGAUUGUUGCUGGAAAGCUUGGCGUUUUGGUGACCAAUAAGUAGUAUUGAGGUUAAUGUUGUCUUAGGAACCUUAGUUUUAUAUAUUUUUUGACUAGGAUAUGUUGGGGUUAUUGAUAUCUUGCUGAACUAUUUAUGUGGCCAGGACAAUGUUUCUGGCAAUAACUUAUAUAUUGAAUUAUUUGGGGUAUUUGCCUCAACUUUUGGAAAAUUUCAUGAUAGUCACUACUUAUUAUGUAUGUUUAAUAUUUUUUAUGACUUGCAUUUGCUUGAGUAUGCUUAUGGUUUUGAGGUUCAUCUAGUUCCGUGGCUACUUGUUGUUUCAUUGAACAUGUGUUUGAUAAUAUUAGAAUUGAAGCUCUACUUUUAUGAUGUUAAAACUAUUGCUCUGCCCUAUAAUGUUCAAAGCUCAAGUGAUCAACUCUUUAGAGUCAUGUUGGAUGGUAUUUGCUUUAGAAAUUCAUUGUUAUUGUGGAUGAGUCAAAGUUGGUUAGUCAUUUAGGUGGGACAAGUCUCGCUAUGCCAGUUGAGAUUGUACCAUUUUGUUGGGAAUUUACUUUGAAAAGAUUGGAAAUGUUGUUUAUUGAAGCUGGAUGUGUUGGGAAGUUGAGGGUAAAUGUGGAAAGUGGUCAACCUUAUGUUACUGAUAAUGGGAAUUAUAUUAUUGAUUUGUAUUUCAAGAGUGACAUGGGUGAUUUAAAAGCUGCUAGUGAUGCUAUUUUGAGGCUUGCUGGUGUUGUUGAACAUGGAAUAUUUCUUGAUAUGGCAUUAUUGUGAUUAUGGCUGGAAAUCUUGGAGUCUCGGUCACUAAUAAGUAGGAUAUAUGUUGUUUUAGGAACCUUAGUUUUCUAUUUUGUUUAACUAGGAUAUGUUGGGCUUAUUGAUAUCUUGCUGAACUAUUUAUGUGGCAAGGACAAUUUUAGGUGCAUUUGGAACAACUUAUAUAUUGAAUUUAUUUGGAGUAUUUUCCUCAACUUGGUGACACCUGUUAAAGAAUGUUUAAUUUCAUGCUGUUUACUACUUAUUAUGUCAGUCUCAUUUUUUCAUGAUUGCAUUUGCUUGACUAUGCUUAUAGUUUUGAGGUUCAUCUAGUUCUGUGGCUACUUGUUUCAUUGAUCAUGUGUUUGAUAAUAUUAGAAUCGUGCUCUACUUUUGUGAUGUUAAAAGUUAUUGCUCUGCCCUAUAAUGUUUAAAGAUCAACACUUUAAAAUCUUGUUGGAUGGUUUUUACUUUGCAUUUGGAUGGUAUUUACUUUUGCAUCAGAUAUGUGGGUGCUGCUAAGAUAAACCUGAGGUCUCUGAUUUUCUGUUAAUAUCAAGUUUUCAUAAGCCUACUGCUAUUUUGUGCAAUUAGCAACCUCUUUCAAACAAAUAUAAGGGAAGUGACAUUGAUAGAGGACUCACCGGCUUAUAGCUGAAUUGCAACAAAUCGCAAGGUCUAAGAAUAUAGGUUGUUUAGAAACUAUAUGCAGCUCCAUUUGUAAUUGUAGUAGAAGUUUGAUUGAUGUGACAGUUACUUUAUUUUGUUUGUCGUGCUGCAUCUUGGGAAGUGUUGCUUCCUAUUGGUGCUUUGAGCUCUGUAUUUUAGGAAAUCAAAUGUUUGGAGUUUUCCAAUGGAACAACAUUAUUUAUGGCUGGUUUUAUAUGUUGUUCUCUUCUGAUUCUGUGUCAUAUUUAUCGCACUUCAUGGUGAGAGGAAUAUUUAGUUCAAUAGUAUGCAUGGGAAAGGAACUUUUAUGUAAAGCAAUGCUUACUGCCAGAGCCUGAACUCAGCCAAAGGACGGUGAUAUAUAUUCUGUUUACUAAAACUUAGUAGGAUACUUGUUCAGAUUUGGCUCUUCGACUGUAACUGAGUUUUACUUUGAUGAUGCCCUAGUUUCUCCACCUUUUUAAGUGAUAUCUUUUUUCUGUGCAUGUGCACUUCCCAUGAAAAGGUUACUAAUGCCUGAAAAUUGCGAUAUGGUUUAGGUAAGUUUUCACCUAUGGUCCCCGUGCCUUGAGAUAUAAUUGGAAAAGAAUUCCAUGUCGGUGAUAAAUUCUGUUUUGGGCCAUAAUCCUAAGUGCCUUUCUGGUAUAAUUUUUGGAACAAGCAAACAUAAACUUAAGAUCAUGAUUAUCCUUCAAUUAAGGAUGUCCUCGUGCUCAGUCUCGAAGGAUAUCCUUUUUCGUGCAUCAUCACUCAUUACGAGUUCCCUUGCGAUUAUACUGCAGCGGGUUGCUCAGCUGCGGGUAAGUGAUAUUCCCAUACGUAGGGGUAGAAUAUCUUACAGAAUUCAAAUUGGGGUGUGUAUUUAGACAAGAUACUGAAUUUUGUGUUCUUUAACUUCAUGCAUUUUUCUUGAGAAAUGCUAGAAGGUUUCGUCUUCACAACUUACAUUUAUAUAAUUCUGCUACAUGAGAACAAAAUGAAAAAUGAGAGAGAAGGUGUUGUUGAAUCUUCGAUAAGAUGGCAUCGCUUCCUUGUGGCCCUAAGUGGUUUGAAUGUCCUUUUAGAGGUAAAUGAUGUAGAGGAGUCAUGGCAGGUUUUAUGUAAAUUGUUGAUCUAGUGAUAGAUGUGGAGGAAGCAGGUUUAAGGAGUACUAUGCUGAAUUGCCAAUAAGUUCGUAUCUACCUUUAACUGCAAGUAACUACUAAUUGUCAAGGCAUUUCCCUUCGAGUGUUUUUUGUAUGACUUCAUUUCUUAAGAGAUCUGAUAGUAUUUUCAUUACCCAAUUUUGAGUGAUGGAAUACAUAAAGGGCUGCCAUACAUAAUGCCUGUAGUCUUAUUUUCUCUGAACUCAUUUCUUAUACGAUUAACGAAUUGAAUUCUGUACUGGGUUAGAGUUGGUGUAUAAUGGACUGUUUAUUCUCCCUCUACAGUUAGUCUUGUAGUGAUGAAUUUGUGAAGAGUUUUGAUCAUAAUAAUUUUGGCAAACGAGAUUUAUAUCUUGAAUUCCGUUAUCAUCUCGUCUAAAAGCUUAACUUAUUGGAGAGAGCUCAUUGUUUACUAAUUAUAUCUUCAACCAGUCCCGGUAGAAUUUUUUUUGAUAGUUGGUGGCAGUGGGAGUUGAACCCAGGAUCUCUGGCUGUUUUAAUACCAUGUUAAAUUGUGUGAUUAUAUCAUGUAUACUUUUAACAUAGGGCCAAUCUUUUUUCCUUAAGAUUAUUUUUGCUAUAGUUCCUGAUCAUAUUCCGUUACUACCAUCUAUGUUGUGAAAUCAACAUCUUCCACAAUGUAGUUCCUUUUUGGAAUUAAGCUAAUGUGAAAGAAUAUGCAAAAUUUAAUUAGGACCAGUCCAGUGUUUGAUAACGAAAGAUUACAUGUUUUUCAGGUUUGUGUUGGAGCUUUCCAUCUAUUCAUUUAACUUACUAGGAUGUAAUAAUUUAUUUUAUUUGUUUACUUUUCUCUCUUAGUCAGGAUUGUAUUUGUUUUAUUUUGCUUUUCCAUUCCCUUUACAAAACACAUUUUUAUUUUAAAGAUUUAACUUGCAAAUAAUUUUUAUGCUAUUAGUAUAUGGUAACAUGUCUGCUUUUUCAAGUUAGAGUCACAAUGAUCUAUAGUUACCUUUCUGGUGAUCUAUCAGUGUGAAAAUUCUUUUACUGUCAGUGUGUAGAAGUUAAAACUCUUAUUUUAAUACCAUGACGACUGACCUUCUUUUUGUUUGCUGGUCCACUAGAAGGUUUUCUCAUUCUUCAUUAAACUCAAGAUAAAAGCAGCUGAAACUUUAGAAGUUUGAAAAUAUUGAGAGUUUAAAUACAACACCAGCACAUGAUUUAUUCCUGAAUAACAACUGUACAGGCAAGCUUAUUUCAACACAAACAAUGGGAAAGGCAAAAGCAGGCCAGCUGCCAUGAACAGAAUUACAACAUUUUGCAAGUUCAAUCUCUGCAGAUUCAAUGGUGAUAGAUUCAACCCCAUUUUCGAGACCAGAGUCACUAUGAUAGUGUCUUCAUCUUGAAGGCCAAUUUCCUCGAGCGACUCUGUUAUAUCCAACUUAAAGUCUGGUGGUUCUUUUAUGGACCUCCAUGAAGGUGUGGCAAGUUAGUAUAGCUUCCUGCAGACUCAACCUUACCUAGCUCAUGCCAAUUGAAGGAUUCUAGAAAUGCAACAUAUCAGGGUAGUAAUCCUUAUGGGUAUAGUAAUAUGGGAUAUGGGAAUGACUAUGGUGGGUAUCAGCAACACUUCAAGCAUACACAAUCCUUGUAUUCCUCUAAUUUCAGUCCACAUCAGUCUUGGCAAGCUAGGAAUUUACAAUUUGUCCCUUAUGCUUACCAGCCAUCAGAGUUUACCAUGGCAUUUCCCAAUUUCUCGACUGCUGGCGUGGUUCUGGAAGGCGUGGGUUUCUUUUCGAACAAUCAGACGGCUUCUUUCUACGGCACAGGGAUGAUGAGAACAAAUUGCAAAUCUGAAGAUAUCAAUAUACCGGUUCAACAUCAAGGGUCUCCUAUUAACCAUGUCAUGGAUGGUCCUUUUCCAAUCGACUUCCCUGUUGAAAAGUCUGAAAAUUAUAAUGGUACUGGUACUAUCUAUUAUGGUCUCCAGGUGACUUCCUCUUCUCAUGAGGUUUGUGCUCUUGAAACUCCUAUUCUCGGUAACGUUAUUGCGGACAACAGGGAUGAAGGCGCUAUGAAAUUAGUUGUGGCAGAUGGGCUAAAUGGAAAUGGAGUUAUUCUGAAUGAGAUUGAAUGUUCUGUGCCGACUUCACCAUUUGCUGCAAAUAGCAAAAUUAAUCUUCCAAAUCCUAAGCAUAAACUGCUUGAUGAAAUGCCAACUAGUGAAGUAAUGGGGCCUUUUGACAAAUUAUCUCCUAUCUCUAAAAAUCUAGUAGAAGCUGAACAAUUGGAGAAUAGGGUAAUGGCAAAUUCUGAACCAAAAUCAAAGAUUUUCAGUACACCCGAAGUUUUGCUAGAGGGAAAGAUAUUGGAAGAAACCGAGCCUUGGAAGGGGGAAGAGUGCCCUGCUCCUGAGAUGCUUAUGGAGCCAAUAAUGAGUCCACCUAGCAGUGCAUACUGUCUCAAAGUCAACGUGGCUGACCUUUCAUCAUGGAUGAUUGUAAUUCCGCAAGAACAAAAAUCUCAGGCAACCAGUAGUGAUACGGGAAGAGCAGCUGAUUCAAUCACCAUAGCCAACGAGGAAAUCGAUUUGAAUAUCAUUGAGGGGAAUGAUGAGAUGGUGAUACAGGAACAUAUUCCAACUAUUGAAACUAGGGCUAAGGACAUGGAUACCAGAAAGCAUGCCGAGGUGGAACCUCUUGUGAUGAUAGUUGAUGCACAGGGUGCUCUUAUAGGCAAAGACAGAGCAGUGGGUGUUGAGAAAGAGUCUGCUAACAUAGAGAUUGAGAUGAACACUGAACGAUAUGAGCCUAUUGACAGAGGAAAAGAGUGCACGACCGAGGGGCCAGAACAAGUACCUGGGAAACCAAAUGUAUUUAAAAAGGCUUAUAGUGUUCCUGAUUCAACCAAUUGCGUCUCUGAGACUACUAUCCUGGAAGCACUCCAAACAUUCAUGAUGCUACAGCUCAUUCAAAUCACACAGAAAAACUGAUGCACUUGGUGCUUGGCUUAAGUUCAAUUGGUUCUGUUUUAGUUGCAAACGGAACAAUGAAAAAGGUACUUUCAAGGCACAAGAAAACUAAUAUUGAGAAAUAUGAUCUGAAAGGACGGUAUCAUUCAUUUUCUGUUUACGGGGAGCUUGUGGCAAGCUCAAACUACACAGAUUAUCAGUCAAGGAGUUCGGAAAUACGAUUUGGGCAGCAGAAGGGUAUUGCGGAUAAGUUGACUGUCAAGUUUAAAUCUGAAAGUUGGGAAGUCAUGGUUGGUGGUGAUGAAUAUUCACUGUUUGUCAACUUGAAAAGGUUAUCUAAGCAAUUAUUGAAGCAAGUUUUCAUUGGAAGUUGUUAUCAAGAUUUUGCAGUGGGUACAAAUUACAUUGGAAAGAAUGGAUUGACACUAUAUGCUCUGGUGAAUGCACUUCCAGUCCAUUCAUGUGAGGGACCAUUUUUUAAUUAUAGGUGUCUCUAUGUUAAGGGGGAAGGGUCACUUAAAGAUUGUUCUACAAACAUGUCUGUCUUGGUUGCAUUUGGAAUUACAAUUGCCUAUGUUGAUUAUUUACGUGCAUUAUUUUAUGGUGUAAUUACCAUGUUCCGGUCUUCACCAUAUUUUGAGAGAAACACCAUGAAUUGUUCUGUAACAGGACAGUGUAGGAGUGCUCUAAAAGUUCCAGGUUAUCUAAGGAGUGUUCUUAUACUUGUGUUAUUAGUUCUCGGAACAACUUAUAUUGGUUUCACAGAGUUGAUCUUCCAAGGGUCAUACGGAGAAGGCUUUAAUGGGAGGUGGUGUUUCUGGUUCCUUGUUCCUGAUAGCAUCGGUGCAAGGGCCAGCAGCUGAGGAGAGCAUUUCACUUGAAAGGAGCAAGGCAUUUCAGAAAGGGGAACAGGAAGGUACUAAGCUGCUUGAACUUCUUGGAGUGCAAGUGCUAAAAGUAAAGUACUCUUUGCACGAUCGACUAGAGAAGGACAUCUUGAUGAUUGUAUUACUGUUGACAGUGAUUCAAUUCCUUUCGGAGCCAGAAGAAUUAUCAAAGGGAACUUGCUCGAUAUGCUGAUUAAUCCUAAGGAGUAUAAUGAAUUUAUUGCAAGAACUCUUGGAAUGAGUGGGUUUAUUCUAAUUUCCAGUAGAUUUGAACCUUUUGAUUUCAUUCAGUUACAUUCCAUGACGUACGGGGCAGUGUUUGAUCCGGGAAGAUCUAUCCAUGAUGUUGCACCAAUGCUUUGUGUUGACGAUGACAUAUUUUUUGGAAGCGUCAUGACUAAUAUAAGUUGUUGGCUUUACUUCUCUGCUCCACCUAACUUCUUGUCCAGUGGUGAGCACAGUCCGAUGCUCACUGUACUUCAAAAUGAAGGGGUCGGUGCUAAUCAUUCAAAAGAGAAGGUUAUUGGAGUAUUAAUCUCUCAUGUUGGCUUUAUGAUUAGUCAUACAGUGGCUUCUACUACGAAGAUGAUGGUUAUCAUGGUCUCAAAGUAUUCACACGAGUUUUUGCCACUUUCAUUUCAUUUAAAAAUAAUUGGCAUCCUAGAUCACUUUGAGGUGUUCAGUGAUGAAAACUUUCACAAGGUGUAUGAAGUAUUUCCUGUUCAAUUAAGUUCAAGGCCCUUGGGAUCUUCUGCUGCAAAUGAAGUAUUGAUGAGGAAACAUAAUCAUUCUACGCCUACAGUGAAGAAGAUGAAUAUUGAUUCAAGGACACGAAUUUUGAUUUACAACGACUUCACAGUUUUCAUUUGAUCCCGAUGGCAUUAACACCCUUGAGGGACAAGUUUGAUUUUAAGGAGGGAGAUCUGAUACGAUAUGCAAUUUACAAGUUCUCUCCUUUAGAGUUUAGUCCUAAUUUUCUAUUUUAUUUGGUUGGCAUCCUAAUUUAGUUUAGUAAAGGGUAAUAUUGUCAUUUCUUGGGUUCUUGCUUUGUAGUGUAUAAAUGUCUUGUUUUGUACUCAUUGAAGAUCAUCAAUGAAAAACUGUCUUUUAGCUCUCU